UGAUUGUGUUUAGGAAGAGUUGCCAAAUGUACAUAGAGUAGUCAGUUGUUACUUCUGCAGAGUAAUUGUGUCAGUCAAUCAGUGAAUUGGAAAACUGGGAAAUUCAAGACGAUAUAUAGCACGUCUGAUAGUGAUGUCAUACUGUCUUGUAUUGUCUGGCAAAUCUUCCCUCCAUUGGCUGUGUGAAGUAGGCCAUUGUGUCCAAGAUUCCAGAUAACUUAGUUGGAAUGAAGUCGUUACAAGUUCAAGUCCUCCUGUUAUCAAUGAAUGGUACUAAAACAAUAGCAGACGUUAUACAGAGUAAUUGAGGCCACAUUUACGUCAAUGACUUUGGUGUGAAGUACUGUUACUCAGUAUUAGGUUCCUGGUCAUGGACUAGUAUCCUGUGCGACUUGUUGGCAGCUAUGGAGAAAUCAAGAUUAUCUAUUAGAAGCGUCCAAAAGCUUUUUGGGGGCACUUCAGUCUCAAAAGUCUCAAAGACGCUACCUCCACCUAUAGAUUAUUCCAAUACUGGCGACGAUUCUGAUGGGGAAUCAUGGCCUGAAGAUGAAUUUGACAGCGAGCCAGAUGACUUUGAUGAACAUCCGAACCAUGCCUCAUUAUCAUACGAAACGCCGAGUGAACCUGCACAGAACACAGACGACUUUUAUGAGCUUCCUUGGGACGACCCCCUUGCCCAGAAAUAUCUUGAUGAAAAACUCCGUAGAGUCAGUGAGGAUUUACAGCAGAGCUCUUCAGGGUGUAGCUCGUUACUGCCUCAUUCCUUGAGCCACAACGAGGCCUUCAAUCGCCAAUUCUCCCAGGAUCUCGGCUCAGACAGUGAUCAGGACCAGCUGUUUUCCUAUGAUCGACGCAUAUCUGAUGUUUACGGCUCAGAAACUGAUUUAUUCCAGUCGGAAUAUGACCAAGAACCACAUCAAGAUGAUGAUGGCCAUUCACCAGAUGAAGAUUAUGAACAACCAACAUCCGCACAUCCUUCUCCGAGUAAAUUUACAGCCAUUGGAUUAUCGCCGAUUCAUAAACCAACCAAAUCCAGAGUUCCUGAUCCUGAGCCAGAAGCAGAUGAAUUUUACGAGAUGACUGACUUUGAAAGCGACACUCAGAUCAAACCAUUUACCAAAUCGUCCACGAUGCCCUCGUCAGUGCCACCAAUACCUGCUCCAAUCAAAUCGCGGACCUUACCUCCGGCGCCGACGCCUAUCAAACCAAAAGAUGUGGACACACCCAUGACAGGUUCUGUUAGCGCCCUAAAGGCUAAACUCGAGGGCCUACCGCAUCAACUAGGUCCUAAACGAACGAUCCCAACACCACCCGACUCACGAAGUAAUUCUCUGAGUUCAAGCAGCAGUAUACCAGGGAGUCCGCAGUUUCCACGGUCACCAAAACUCGGGAAGUUGCCACCAGCACCGUUCCGUCGCCCUGGUUACCGAGAGCCAAGAACCUCGGUUACAUCCAUAUCAUCAAGUUCGUCUGAGUCUGGAUCUGGAGUGGUCGGCCCUCCACCACUUCCUCCCAGAAUCCCAUUACCUCCUCCACCAUUGCCAAGGCCAGAACCACCCGGUCAAGAAGAUAAACCAGCUCCUCGACGUGGCUCGAUACCACUGCCGAUGCCUCCUGUACCAAGUGUACCCGAUGACACUGAACCAGAUAUUCUAGAUGGUCUGUAUGCUUAUCCCUGGUUCCACGGAUCAGUCGGCCGAGAUUAUGCAAAUAAAAAACUACCGUUAUUACCAGAAGAUGGGACUUUUCUUGUUCGUAAAAGUACUCAUGGGCCUCACCAGCCUUAUUCUUUAGACAUAUUGUAUGAAUCGACGAUUAAACGUCUACCAAUCAGACUGAGGCGUGAUGGCAAGUAUGCAUUAGGAAAGGAAAAGGACGGUGAACAGAGUUUUGCUGGCGUUGCGGACCUGAUCGUCUACCACAAAGAGUACCCCAUCUUUGUUGUUGGAUCGGCUGGAGCUGAGGUCACUCUCAAACGCACACCACCAAAAUGAGAGAUCAUGUGAGCGAGAGACCGGAGGUGACGGGUUGUGAAUGGAUAUCCACUGGUGGUAUUGCAACCUCAGUAAAGCACUCGUGCGGACACUUUUAUCAGAAGAGGUGACAAGUUCUUUCUGUAAACAGGACCAGAAUUGCUGAAGACGCAAUUGUGUCCCAUUCACUAAGUUUUCUUGAUAUAUCUUUACCCAGCUCAUGUGUUGUCUCGGAGACAAAAAGGGUCAAAUAUUCACAAAUGAGGGUUUACAUGGGUUCAUCUGGGUUCAAUGGAUGGGAGACAUUAGAGUUCACUGGUGCGAAAAAGACUUGAGGAAGCAUCUGUGUUGAUGGGAUUUGAUGGUACAAGCUGCGUGCUAUGAACUGUUGAUGUGCUCUAGCAUGGUAUGACGGACUUCUCAACAAGACAAUUAGAUUGGUUGCUCUCGUAAAAUGGACCAUGUGUCACUUCAUAUCAUCAGGUAUGAUGUUACUCUUUAACACUGGUUGGACACUGCUUGAUUCAUUCCAUUUGUAGAUAAACAUUCCAUCAUUCACGUCUGCACACUUAGUGCUUUUAAACCAGUAAAAAAUCAAAACUUUGCGACUGUGAAGUCCCUUCCUUCUUGUUGGGUUUGUUUACACAAUGUUAGCACGUGAAUCUACCGACUUUGAAUGGGAAGACCCAUAGCUAACAUGGGGGGGGGGGCACAAAAUGAGACAAAAGUCUGUGUUACAAACAUGUUUUUCAGUGGAUUGAGGCUGUGGGUCAUAAUGACAUGACCUUGCCAACAUCCAGGUCAAGCUUUACUCUGAAAGAAGUGAUUGGCAGUAUUUGUUAACUUGGCUGUAGUUCUCAAGUUUGUCUGAAUGUUUGUUGCUCUAAACUGUUGUUGAAAGAAGUUCCACACAAACUUCAUCGAGCUUUGACAAGUUAUUAGGUUUUGUUGUUGACAUUUGUGCUAUCUUGUUAUCUCGAGUGUGCUAGGUUCUUCAUAUGAAGAGCCAUUAUGAACAAAAUUAUUAGAUAAUGCUGGCAAAACAUACGUGACAGUACAAAGUCUGCCAGAUCCUAUUGUUGAUAGUUCAUAAUUCUGUGUGAAAAGUGAUGUUACUUAUGUAUGUGCUCAUGAAAACUUGUCAACUCUCAUUAUAUGUCUGUCUGUCCAUAUUGUGAACUUUCAACUGAUGUAAAUUUGACUUGUUUAUCCAAGAGUAGAUUAGACUGUUCUGUGGUGUAUUUAUUGUGAGAAGCCCAACAGAGCCAGCCGACCUUGUGCAGUGUAAUAGGGAACACGGUACUCCAUAGGACAAACAUAGGAGGUGCUCAUGGACCACAGGCCUUACAUUCCUGGUCGCAGUAGUAUGUAUUCAGUCCAAGCUAACGAGUUUGAAGGCUUUUGUUCAGUGUUAGACAUGGACGGGCAUCACUCACUUCAUCCUGUUGUAUGACAUGCUAUACUAUAAACUCAGUCAGGAGCUCUCACUACCUAAUCACUGUGUACAAGUGCAUCGAGCAUGCCAUACUAACAGGAAGUACAUUCCAAUGGCCCAGUUCACCUGGCAGAGGUUGAAACAGCUCUUGACUGGGUUCACAGUAGAAGCUGUUCCCACAAGGGUAAAAACAGCUCUUGACUGGGUUCACAGCUGUAGCUAGACUUGAUCAAACCUGUAAAUGUUGUACAAACGGAGAAUAUCAUAUUGAUACAGAAUAAAUAUUUUAUAAUAUA